UUGCAGAUUUUCGUACAAUUUAUAGAUGUCUUUUUACAAUCUAAUUUUCAAAAGAUCAUCGAAAAGUUUUCUGCAAUCGAUCUUAUUCUCCCAACUCUUCCAGGCGAGGCGGAGCUACCGUGUCGAACAUUUGUUCAUCCAGACAGCCCAGCCAGCGGAGCUCAUUGGAUGAAGGGCAGCAUUUCGUUCGACAAAAUCAAACUCACCAACAAUCAACUGGAUCAGAAUGGACAUAUAAUCGUCAACUCGAUGCACCGAUAUCUUCCUCGCAUACAUCUGGUACGACAUGCGGAUGAGGACGAUGAGAACGAGAUCGGCAAUAAGAAAGAUAGCAUUACGGUGACAUUUGAAGAGACCGCGUUCAUUGCUGUGACUGCUUAUCAAAAUCACAGGGUUGGUCUUAUUCAAAGCAAA